AUCAUAAUUCUUUGUCCUGUUUUUCCCUUUCAUCCCUUACAUAGAACUUCACACUUCAACGAAUAUCUCGUUAAUUUUCAUUUCAACCACCAAAUUAUGACAUCAUAUAUCGCGAAGAAAGUUGGUCAUUCAUUCUUAGCUUCACAUGUAGCUGGUCUUGAACCUAGAGAUCCUCAAUACGAAAUCACAACCGAUCCUAAUACUGGUCAACAAACUCGUAAGAAACGUGAUGUACCACCUGGCCUUUCAAAGAAAGAAGAAAAGAUCCUCCGUAAAGUAAGGAAACGCGCUCAUCGUUUAGAUAAAGGAUUCUCCUUGUGCGGCUUUCGAUUUGGUUGGACUGCUAUCAUUGGUCUGAUUCCUGUCUUGGGAGAUGUGGUGGAUGCUUCGCUGUCUUACUUUCUGGUGAUUCGUCCAGCUCGGAAGUGUGACUUACCUAUGCUGUUGGUAGAACGAAUGUUACUUAAUCAAGCUGUUUCAACAAGUAUUGGACUUGUACCUUUUGCUGGAGAUAUCUUAAUGGCUGUAUGGAAAGUAAACUCGAGAAACGCAGCACUAUUAGAAGACUUUUUGAUUGCUAGAGGAAAGGCCAACUUGGAAGAACAAGCCAAUGGUACAGCAAGUCAUCCAGUUGCUAAAGUUAGCAAAAAACAAACAUCAAAAUUAGUUGAGAAUAGUAAGAAAUCAGGAUACAUAGAUGGUAAAACUGGAGCAAAAGCAAGUGAUUUGAAUGGAAAUGAUGAUGUUCAGACAGGUCUUGUUGAUCAAACUGGACCUUCAACUUCAACUUCGGCUAGUACUACUGGAGUCAAGAAGGUAUCACCUACUGGUGAAUUGAAUUCUUCUUCAAAGGAUCAAAGCCCUUCACGUUCUCGUUGGUGGUUUUCUAAAAAGAAAGAAACCAAACUUUCCACUGAUUGAAAGUUGAUUUGAUCAUUUUCCAUUGUCUUUUUUUCAUCUUCAUAUCCUUUUCAGUUUUAUUAUGAGGAUGCAUCAUUAAUUUAUUAUACUACAAUGUAAAAGGAGUUUCCUAUUCUUAGCUGAUAUUUAAUUGUCUUAAUCUCUCAAAUCCUGCAAACUUUUCUUUUCAAAGUCGUCUUUCAACAC